AUGGAGGGAAAUCAACAUGAAGAAUAUUCUCGCCAGUGGAAAAAGGCACAAGAAUUAGCGAACCAACAUUUGUUCAAAGCUCAAACGAAGCAGAAAAAGUAUUAUGAUGAAGGGACAAAAAGUGUCAAGUACAAUCCCGGCGAUCUGAUGGAGAAAAAAUUACUACUCUUUUGCAUUCUAACUACAUUGCAAACAACCCACACAAUCUUCUCGUCUGUAUGCGAUUGCAACUAUGUUAAAACACGAGGAAUUCUAGAUAUUAACUCACCAUACUAUUGCCAAAACCCCAGCACUAAUCAUCAACCACGAUACCUAACAAAUUAUACGCUAAUGACUAAACAAAAUCCAGUAAAAACUUGGAAAGGAUGGACUUGCAAACAAUGGAUUAAGACUAAGAAAAUAACCGGAUCUUUCUGGAUAGGAUCUUUUGACACAGUUUAUUCACAGGAAACAAAAUUGCUCUCAGCAAUUGAACGCUGGGAAAUGGUAAAUAAUAAAAAAUGUGGGGGUAAUCUUAUGCAGGCAGGAACAACAACGUUGAGUUUUACAUCAACUCCUACAGGGGAAGGGAAGUGGUAUGCUAUCAAAGAAUACCAUGCAUUAAAUUGUUUAGCAGAAGAGAUAACAUUAAAACAAGAGACACCAGAAAGCUUAGUGGAAAGUCCAUUUGGAUUCUUAAACACCACUCAGCAAGAAGGGGAGUAUACACAAAAUCAUAACACCAUAGUAUGGGGAGAUAGAUCAACAAAUUCAUCAAAUUCACAAAUUAUUUUUAAAGGUGAAGGGUAUAUAGAAUUAACAAACUCAAUGAUUAAUGUAAAUACUAGCCGUCUUCUUGAUAAUAACAAGCAGAUAGAAAUAACUUUCUCUAACAAACCAGAUAUAAAUAAUAAAGAAUUUGCCCAACCUGGAUUUAAAGUAGUAGGGAUGCCUUUAACAUUUCUUAUUUUUCCAAACCAAGUAAAUGUAGAUACAUGGUCUUGCAAUGAAUACGCAGAUCCAAUAGCGAGCAAAGUAAAACGGUCGACUAAUAACGAAAUUGAAUUUCUUGACAAUCGUGCUAAGAAAGAAGCUAUGGGAAAAAGACUUUACAGCAUAUCGUAUGCAUGGGGUUCGAUACGAAUGGGACAUCCUAUAAUAACAAACGUAGAAGAAAAUGGAAUAAUGACUAAAAAAGAUACAAUUGCGUAUCUCAUGGUUAAUGGUUCAUCAAUAAACACGCAAGUAUCAGUCCACAACCAAUAUGAUAUCCAAGAUCCUUUGCCAACAGGAACAAAAUUCGAAUACAUCGUAGAUCAUAGCAUAAGGCUUAUGAACACUAACAUCUGCAUCGUGGCAAAUGAAAACAAUCAAAUUAUGGCAGAAAAUUGUACCGAAAAAACAUCAAGAUGGAUACUGGAUUUAAUUAACUACCAAUGGAUUUCUCUAGAAACAGGCCUGUGCAUCACCUUACAUGAUGAAGAAGAAGGACGAGUUAGAUUGGGAACACUAAAAACGUGCAGUAGACAGGGAACAAUUAGUGAAAAUCAACAAUGGGUUAUCGAAAUCCUAACAACAAACCCGGAUGUGUUGGACAAUUUCCCAGAUGCAUCCAUUGACGAAUUCGAAGAAAUCCAGUUGGAACAGAGGACAUCAGUAACAACGACCGUCAGUUCGCCAAUUUUUGGAGGAUUAUUGAAGCGGAACCAUGGGAGAGGAAACAUCAUAUGGGACAUGAUAGGAUGGGGACUAAUGAAACAUGGUAAGUCACCCGAUGAAAAAUGUUUAACACACAAUGGCGUUAACAAACCAAUAACACUCGAAGCAUGCGAUCCUAACUGGAUCAAAUGUCAAACAAGCCUACAAAAAUUAUUAACAAGUAAUGACCCCUUGGUGCAAUCACAAACAACCGUGGCUAACUGUAGCGAAGCAUCUAGCAAGGGCCAAGCAUUCGAAUAUUCCUCAGACUUCACGAUAAGACCAUUUAACACAAACAACUGCAUUAAAGCGAACACAACGAUGCUCAUCCUGCACGAAUGCUCAGAUAAAAGUUCCAUCUGGGGAACAUUCGAUCACACAGGACAAUUAAUGGCAAGUGAUAGAACAGGACUUCAUUCAGGCGCUUCGGACCGGAAAUGCCUAACAAGACGGAUCGACAAAUUAUCGUUGGGACACUGUCAUGGAACAAGCCAGAAACAACAUUUUAGCUUCGAGUACCGGAAUCCACAUCAACCUAGAACAUUGACGGCAGCAGCAAUAAUAUCUCUACAGACGCAACACGCCUAAUUUGGAAAAAAUCUACCAAUCUUGCCACCAUUAAACCAUCGUGAUCCAAAGGAGAUUAACUAUAAAACAAACGCAACGGAAGGAAUAACUAAAAAUUCGACCAUAACGACAAAGUCAGCAACAUCCAUGACUGCUACAACAGAUAAAUCAGUCAUACCUUCCAUUGCAGCCAAGGUAACAACAAGUGCGAAGACAGAAACAACAACAACAUCGAUUAGGCCGACUACAACCACAACAAAACCGACAACAACCUUCAGAACAACAACAACAAAAUCAACUACUACCACAAAAAAGCCGACAACAACCACAAAAAAUCCGACCACAACCACACAAAAACCGACCACAACCACACAAAAACCAACCACUACCACACAAAAACCGACCACCAUCAUUCAAAAGCCAAAUACUACCACACUAAAAACAACCACUACCACACAAAUAACAGACUCUACACCCAAAUCAACUACAACAUCAAAAUCUACGACAAUAUCAACAGAAGCAGAGAAAUUACCAACAAUAACAUCAACAACCGCAUCAUCAACAUUAACUAGUACAUCACUCAAAACGACUAUCACGACACAUGACUUGAUAAAAUACGAGCUUGGAAAAAUGCACGAGCAAUACAAAAUCAGUAUUGAAACUGAACACGACAAUAAAUUGGCAAAAGAAAUUCGGGAUGUUUACUGCCAGUUAUCAAAGAUAAAACGAACGCAAGCCAUAAUCUUAGCCCAAACAAAUGGAUUGCUUGCAGCCGCCGCACUCGGACUUCCAAUGUGUACAAGGAUAUAUGGUUUUGGUCAAGCCAUGACAUUGCAACAAUGCGACCCAAAAAGGAUAUCACUAUCAGCAAAAGAGACCAAGUGUGGGUUCCAGCCAUUUUUUGUUUACGGAAAAAACAACUGUACAAUCGGACUCGACGGAUGGUCUAUUCAUCCGUAUUCGGAGUGCUUUUGGAAAUCCCAAUUGAUAAACAUCAACGGAUAUCCUCAUACGUGGCAACAUAACGCCACAGCAGGAGACUGGAUUAAACAAGAGGCGACCAUACAUACUUCAAAUCUGGAUUUAAUUGCAGAAUUCGAAGAACUGCACUUAAACAGUUUCGACUAUGGAUUAAGGAACCAUCCAGCUCAUGGAACCAUGGAAAUGGAACAGCUAAACAUCUUAAAUGACCUGGUGGGACGAAUUAAUGAAGGAGAAGGCAAAGAGUUACCUGACAUCCUAGUAACAGAAGAACAGGACAAUCAAAUCGGGAACAUGUUUUCCUGGUUUGAAACAUUAAAAAUUACGGCUCUCUCAGCGAUAGGAUUCAUCCUAUUUCUCAUCUGUCAAGAAAUGGAUUCAAUGAUACCAGAACCCAUCUACAGCGCUGGAGGAGCAAAUGAAAAACCGUUCAUUAGGGAAUUUGCACCUUUAAUGACGUUAGCAACAGAAACACCAAAAGAAACCCUUACGUCGAUAAACACACCAAGUGCACCAAAGAAAGGAAAAUUGUACCCUAUCGAAGAAUUAAAAUGGGAAAACGAGCAAAACAAGGAAUGUACAGGUAGCCACACGACCUGCAGCUAUGUCGUUGGAUACGGAAUGGUGUGGGAGGAUCUAUGCAGAUGUACUCCAGAAGACCAUUUAAAACGCACAAUUAACAAAUAACGUUAAAAAAAAAAAAAAAAAAAAAAAAAAAAAAAAAAAAAAA